GGGGGCGGAGGGGGUGGUGACGUCACCUCGCCCUGCCCCCAUCCGGCCGUGCCCCGUUCCGCGUGUGCUCCGAGUGUCCCCCCCUCCCCGCCAGCGUCUCCUGAAGUGUCCCCGGAGUGUCCCCAAAGCGUCCCUGGAGUGUCCCCAGCGGUCAUGGAGCCCCGCGAGCUGCUGGAGGCGCUGGUGGCCGUGGUGGCCACCCUGGGCGAGGUGGCGGCCGCUGUGGCCGGGCCUUAUGGGGACGUGAUGCUGGCCAUGUCCCCAGAGUCCCUGCAGGCAGCCCUGGGGACCUUCAUUGGUCACCUCCGGGACACCUUGGGCCACCAAGGUGUCACCUCCCUGGGCCAGGCCCUGGCUGCCUUUAGGGCCAACCUGGGGGCCACCUGGGCCCAUGUGACGGCUGCAGCCAGUGCCUGGAGGGACUCGGUGGCCACGCUCGAGGACAGCUGGGCCCGGCUGGCCCAGGAGGCCACCAAGAUCAAAGAUGCCUGCAGGGACACGGCCACCAGGGAGGCCACCACUGCGGACACCGCCAACACCCGGGCCAGGGACCUGCAGGACAAGGCCACCCGCUGGGAGCCAUCUCUGCACAACCUGGUGGCCGAGGCCUGGCACCUGACACUGGCCACGGACAAGGAGAAGAUGGCCUCGGAGGAGGCUGCACAUGAGGCGCGGGUGGAGACAGCCAAAAAUGAGUUGGUGGCGGCCACCGAGGCCAGGAUGGAGGCUGAGGUGGCCACCAGCGAGGGGGGGGCAGCCACCAGGAGGGGACAGCGGGCAGAGGCGGCCCUGGGGCUGCUGGAGCGCUUGGUGGCCGCGUGUGACGAAGCCACCGCGUUCCCCCGGGAGCUGCAGCGCUGGCUCGGGGACAUCGAGGCCGCCCUGAAGGGGACAAAUGAGGCGUCCCCCGAUGUCCCCGAGGCCUUGGUGGCCAAGGUGGCCGUGGCCGAGCGUCUGUGGGAGGCCAGUGCCCGCCUGGCCACGCGUCACCUGCUGAGGACACUUGGGGACAUCCGCAGGCUCCCUGGUGGCCCCGGUGCCCGUGCGGUGGCUGAGCAGUGCCAAAGAGCCAUCGAGGACAUCCCGAGGCUGCUGCAGGGACAGUGAUGUCACCGCUGUGAUGUCAUCGGGGUGGUGACACCAUCGGGGACAUCGCUGGUGUCACCUGUCCCCUCCCACCGUCCCAGCACAGGAUUUGAGAUAAAUCUGGGGAAUUUUCAGGGAAUUUUCAUUAAAAUUGUCCCAAA